UUUGUUUCGUUCACAAAAAUUUUCUCUCAAAACAAAAAAUAAAACAACUUGAUUUGGAAAUUGCAAAAACCCCGAUUAAAUAAAAUUCGUGAAAGCCAAGAACCGAUUUCGUAGCCGAAUUGCUAUUGCAAAGCAUAAGAAGGAAAACACAACAACAACAAAAAAUACAGCGAUAUUAUAUUUAUACGUUACCAAAAGAAAAAAUAGAACACUGCUGUCGCACAACUCAGUGAAGAGCCACGCGAGGCCAUCGAAGUAGUUAAGCAGCAAUAUCAGCAACGCCUGUCACAAAACAUACAAUAUAGUAGUGGACCGCCAAUAUACAAAGUAUACUGAAGCAUCUGCUGCUUAUAAGUCAGCCAGUGAUCGAGUAAUAAAUCUUGCUACACGCCAAUACUAAGUAAAAAGGCCAGUGAAACCAAUUACAGCUAGAAAGCAGAAGCACAAGAGACACAGUCUCAGCUCCGAUUGGAAGCUGAGAAGUAGAAUUGUAGGAGUGAGCACUGCUGGUGGUGAGACUUUGCGAUUUGCGUCUCUCGGCCUGCAACAAAAGACAACAACUGUUUCUUGCUUUUGCAAUCACUUACAGUAUUCGCGUAUCGUUCAGCACACUUUCGCUUUUAGCAGCUACUUCAGGCAUUUGUCAUACACCGCCCCUCCCUCAAGUUGAAAAAGCCCCAACAAAUAGUUGUUUGCUACUGUGCAUUUGAUUGAUUGAUAUUCGUGGCAUGAUGUUUCAGAGCGACUUUCAUAGGAAGAAAAAUUUCGCAAAUCCUAAUUUGUUCAAUAAUUCCACAACUGCGGAGAACGCUGCGCCUGUUGCUCAGCCAACACCCGCUAGUGGUCGUCCAGAUGCGAAGGAGGAAAUCAAAGAGCAAGAAGAAGUGCGUACGGAACACCUCUUCAAACACCCUCUGCAAAAUACCUGGACUUUGUGGUACUUGGAAAACGAUCGCUCGAAGUCAUGGGAAGACAUGCAAAACGAAAUCACCAGCUUCGAUACAGUUGAAGACUUUUGGAGUCUCUACAAUCACAUCAAACCUCCAUCUGAUAUCAAAAUAGGCAGCGAUUACUCUUUAUUUAAGAAAGGCAUCAGACCAAUGUGGGAGGAUGCGGGCAACAAACAAGGUGGCCGCUGGGUUAUUACACUGAAUAAGAGUUCUAAGGCAGAUUUGGAUAAUUUGUGGCUUGAUGUUUUGCUUUGCUUGAUUGGUGAAGCGUUUGACCAUUCUGAUGAGAUUUGCGGUGCUGUUGUAAACAUACGUGGCAAGAAUAAUAAAAUUUCUAUUUGGACAGCUAAUGGCAAUAACGAAGAAGCAGCAUUGGAAAUUGGGAAUAAACUGAGAGAAGCCUUGCGUUUGGGCCGUCAAAAUUUGAAUUAUCAGCUACAUAAGGACACAAUGGUUAAACAGGGUUCGAGUGUAAAAUCAAUUUAUACUCUCUAAAAACUACAUACGUUUACUACCCCUCACACAUCCAUAUACAUGAACGCUGAAAACCCGUUAGUUAAUCGAGUCAAGAAAAUAUUUAAUAUACUAAUCGUGCGAAUCAAUAACAAUUAAUUUAAAGAAUCGAAGAACUACAAAGGAAAAUUACACAACUAAAAUCCACACAACCAAGCCAAGCCAACCAUUGCAAGUAGUCAUCGACGUUGCUUAUUCAGAUAUUGAAUCGCAGAGUUGGCGCUUCAAAAACCUAUUUCAUGGUAGCUGAAUAUGUAAGGAGUUAACGGAAUUAAAACCCGCACACCAUAAACAAACACCCAAAUAAUACACCAACACAAAUUAUACAAGAAAACUUUGUUAAAUGAAGAUACAAAUUUGUUUUACUAUAGGAGAGAUGGAAGCAGUGGUAGACACAAAUGCAAAUACAACGCCUAUUCCAGGCAAAUUAGUGACGAUGAAAUCUAAAACGCUAUUAUAAAAUUGAAGGAAAAUAUAUUUAAUAUUGAUGAUAGGGAGAAGCGAUGAAACUGCAAAGCAGGUCUUUCAGCCACAAUUAUAAUCGUAGAUAUGCAUAAAAGCCAACGGAGCUUGCUUUAAAAACUUGAAGCUUUUCGGGACUGACUGCUUUCAUUGUCACUAUUUGCUGGGUAUGACUUAGUUCGCUUACAAUUGUAGUCGUUAUCCAAUCCUAUGCGUGUUUUAAUGUAAACGAAUAUGGAAUUAAAUCUAAUAAAUUUAAUAAAACAUAA